AUGUUCACUUUCAGCGUGAACAUUUCGAAUUUGGAAAAUUGGUGGUUGCGGCUCCGUCGCAACAUCAAGAGAGCCUUCGUCUACCCGUAUCCGUCCAUGUCACUUGGAUCCCACACAUCCACUUCAUCCCUGUCCAUGCCAGACGAAGAGCGCGACUUGGACAUGUCGAAUUCGUCGAUGGCUAACCAGCUCGCGGAUACGCUUCAGGCGAAUGCGGAGCAAUUCCAGCGACAGCUUCCUGCCCGACACCCUGACCCACGCCGACUCUUCAUCUCCCUACUCGAUCAUCAAGAGAUCACGGUCGAGAAGUUUAUCAUCGUGGCCCACCUCAGCGGAUUUCGAGUAACGAGUCAACAACCUCAUGUUGUUUUCCUGGUUUUUCGUCGGCUGCAUCUUCACGGUGGCGGUGAUGAUAUUGGUUCUUAUGCUGUUUCCGGCUCGACGCCGCUGCUUAAGCGGACGCUUCGCGCGCAGCGUGAUUGCGCCACCCGCUGGCAACUUGUCAAUUUCUGUCCCCCGAUGGAUUUUGGCCUCGACGACUUUGGCUUUGUCAACGACCUCGUCAACGGCCUCGUCAACGGCACCGCCACCAACCUCACCGCCAUGAACCUCACCGCAAACUCCAGCGUCGCCAACUUUGCCACCUCCAACGACACCCUUUUCAUCUACGACGAUGAAGAUUUCGGCUCCGGCGACUUUGGCUCCGGCGACUUCGGCUCCGGAAUGGACGUCGUCUUCGAGUCCUUUGGCUUCGACGAAUCCGACGGCGACUACAAGGGCGAGCUCUUUUUCGACAUGGUUGUCGGAUCGCUCGAAGCCGCUUUUCGAGCCUUUUGGAUGUCGAAAUCGGCCCAGAAAAUGAAUGCCAAGCCAGAUCUCUCGACAGUGACCGAAGAGUCGACAAUUGUCGGCUCUGAUGAUCCAGAGAAAUUCUACGCCCGCAUCGAUCCGCCAUCCAAGCCGCCACCGCCGCGCCCGCUCAAGACUCCAGCGGAAUUCGCGCCGCCGCCGCCGCCGCCGCCGUCGUUCAAGAAGCCUCCGCCACCGCUCCAAAAGCCGCCCGAUGCGCAGAAAAAGCCCGACGCCGAGACACGAGAGCCCGUACGGGAGCCCAAGCACAAAGUGUUCAUUCGGGAUCCUGUGCACAUUUGUCGGAGCUCGGAAUCUAAGCCUCUCAUCGAAGCUCCGUCUCUGAGCGUCAUCGGCCACUGCGGCGAUCGACAGGAUCCGCGAGAGCUCAACGACUCUAGCGAUGAUGAUGAGCAGCCAAAUCGGUACCAGCAUCAGUUCCGGAACUCGAGCCGCGCAAGACGACGAGGGCGAUUUGGAUCUUGCGGACGACCAGCUGCUGCUCUCAAACAGGACAACGACGACUUGGACGCCCUUGCCGACCAAUUUGUUCGAUUUGGCGUGGCACGAUCAUCUCCUAAACGUCCACAACCUCCACCUCGCCCGUCUGUUGACCGGCAACGACUGCUCGCCGAAAACGCCAAGGUUCUCACCGAAGCGGAAAGCGCUCGAGAAGCAAUGGCGAGCGCUCAAAUCAAACCUCCACCCCCGCCGCCGAGUGCCUACUUUGGCACCCCGGAUGACGAGAUCGAUGCUUUCUUUGUCCGCGACAAUCCCGAGCGCGCGUUUGUCAGCGGACUUGCCAAGACAAACCAUCACCGGCUCCUGAAUUUCAAGCCGUCGCUGAAGAUUGCAUGCGCCGACGAUCCCACCGCGAUCAGCAAGAACAAGUUCCAACUCCAGGUGGUCACCACGCAUCGAAUCAAGAUCCUCGGAGGGCAAGGGCUGCUCGACAUGACGCAGAAGUCGACAACAACUACGCCAAUCAACUGGGACGGAAGUUUGCAGCACACCAGCAGCGUCCAGCGAAUCAACAACUACUACAACUAG